UUUCAAGGUUCAAGAACUCUUCUUUUCACUUUUGGAGACAUGCUGUGGCCCAAUAUUACUGAGGCCCCCUUUUUGCUGACUGGCUUCCCUGGGCUGGAAGCAGCUCAUCACUGGAUAUCCAUUCCCUUCUUUGCCAUCUAUGUAUGCAUCCUUCUUGGCAAUGGCACACUCCUCUACCUUAUCAAGGAUAACCACAGUCUUCAUGAACCCAUGUACUAUUUCCUUGCCAUGUUGGCAGGCACAGACCUUAUGGUAACAAUGACCACAAUGCCUACUGUAAUGGGUGUUUUAUGGGUGAAUUACAGGAAGAUUAGUCAUUCAGGAUGCUUCUUGCAGGCCUACUUUAUUCACUCUCUAUCUGUUGUAGAAUCAGGUUGUCUCCUCGCAAUGGCCUAUGAUCGUUUUAUUGCCAUCCGCAAUCCUUUGAGAUAUACUUCCAUUCUCACCAACACUAAAGUGGUAAAGUUAGGAGUGGUUGUUUUUCUAAGAGGUUUUGUAUCUAUCCUGCCUGUGAUUUUGCGUCUUUUUUCAUUUUCCUAUUGCAAAUCUCAUGUUAUCACUCGUGCUUUCUGCCUUCACCAGGAAGUCAUGAAACUGGCCUGUGCUGAUAUAACUUUCAACAGACUUUACCCUGUAAUACUGAUUUCCUUAACAAUCUUCCUAGACUCUCUAAUUAUCCUCUUCUCCUAUAUUCUAAUUCUUAAAACUGUAAUGAGCAUUGCCUCUGUUGAAGAGAGAGCCAAGGCCCUCAACACCUGUAUUUCCCAUGUCAGUUGUGUCCUCAUCUUCUAUGUCACAGUGCUGGGGUUGACAUUUAUCUACAGAUUUGGGAAGCAUGUGCAUGAAGUUGUCCACAUUGUCAUGAGCUAUAUCUACUUCCUCUUUCCUCCUUUGAUGAAUCCUCUCAUCUAUAGCAUCAAGACUAAGCAAAUCCAACAUGGCAUUGUCCGCCUUUUAUCUAAACACAGGUUUGUUAAUUAAACUAAGAUCUAAAGAAUCAGACACAGGCACAAAGAGUAAGACCGACCGAUGGAAAC